AUGAGGACCAACUCGUCUGAUUCAUCUCCGGGGCAUUUCCCGCUUUUAGCUCUACCACGGGAGCUUCGCGAUAUCAUCUACCACUACGCGUUGUCAUACGACCGAGGUCUAGCUGUUGAAAUUAGUUGCAACAGAGCGUUUGAACCACGUACGCACAUGCGAAUCCUUGGGCAACACGAUGAUUGUCUCACCCAAACACGUGCCGAUAUUCUCAAGCUCGUAUGCGCACAGUUACGUGACGACACACGCGGCCUCAUCUUCAAGUUAAACAGCGAAGUCGAUCUCCACGGUAUGAGCUAUGCCACCCCGAGUUCCUACUCUUUCAGGCUCUUCAUCAGCCAGCUUCCCAGCGAGAAAUUCUACGUCCACCUCAAAAGGGUUACUAUUCAUGGCUAUCCAGGCGUCAUCUCUACCGCACUGAUGCCUAUGACAUUUAAAGAAUUGGCAGGGUACGCCGCUGGCUUCAAGACCUUCUGUGAGCAGUAUCAGAAAACCCUCGUCGUCCUUCAAUUCCGCAAUAUCGUGCAGGUUGAUUCAAAUACAUGGUACUUUUGGGCUGGUGCGCUCCAAGAAGUCUUACGUGGAGCCUCGCCGCUCAUUACACCUAGAACGAGGCCCCGUUUCGCAAAACAGCUUUUGCACAUCUCCACAGCCUUCGCAAAUACCCCCCCGGCUGCCUGA